AUGAAGAUGAUUCUGCCGCAAAAUCCUAAGAAAGGAAGGUCUGAUUUACUUCGAAUGUUGCAGAUGGGACGGUCGGUGCGAGAGAUGCUGGAAGGAUCUCCUGAACUGCCUCGUUUUGUGGUCGCGGACAUAUCAUCUGGCAACAUCCACCCGAACAGAAGAUCCAGUAUUGGAGAGCUUUCGCGCUCGUCAGGGUUCGAUAGACCGCGUCACAAACGCGCAUCUUCAUUCACUUUCACGAACGUAUUCUGGCCAAGGCAGCAUCCUCCAGGCACCGCCCUUGCGAUCCCUCCAAAAACAUCGACAUCAUCCGAACCUGACCCGAACAAAACGGAACCAUACGAAAAUAUCAACAAGCUGAUGAACGAUUCCAUGCACGUGAAGAUGCCUUCCUUUCCGAGUUCGCCUUCGGAGGACCGCCAGCGCGAAGACACGGACGCCGCGCUCGCUACUAAUCACGGUAUCGACCAAACGAACCCGAUGCUUCGCCAGAUUGAUGGAGCUACGGCUGCGGUCGCUCCUUCUCAGCGUGAGAUGCGUGCGAUCCGAAGAAGCAUGGGCAUACCUGUGGCCAGCCUCAGCUCGCCCAACUCAGAGGUCCAGAGCCAUGGUAGCUAUCCAUCCAAGAAGAAGAGGAUGGAUUCCGAUUCCGAUUUCGAUGAGACCUCAAGCAUCGACCCAGACUCUUCACUCGAGGACGAGGAAGUUGAACCGAACAGACACCCAGUCAACGUGCAGAGCAACAUCGUCAGCCGAGCAAGCGGUGCUCCCUCGCGCAACAUGAUUUCGCUUCAGGACAGCAAGUUCGAUGCAGAUCGUACCGACUUGCGAGUCUGGCAUGAGCUGCGCUACGUCAGAACUAUGUGGUCGCGAGAGGAGGAUGAACAGUUACGGAAGGACUGUCUCGCCGUCACCGACGGAUGCGACGUCCCUGUCACCAGCAACGCGAUGCUCUGGACCGCAUGCUUCGACCGUUAUGGAGUGCCCCUGAGCGACAUCUUCACCUACGGCCUCCGUCCCCAUCCAGACAACUUGCGACUUCCUCGAAAGAAGCUUCUGAGCCCGGAGUUCUGCGAUAAGUUGACCACUGUGCUGGUCCAUCCUAUUUUCCGGGGCAAUGCCAUCCUUCUUCGUUACAUGUUGCAGUUUAUCGUGUGGAUGCGUGUCGGGGUGCACGUCCCACCGAUGGGGACAAUGCCAGAUCUGAAUGACGCUGACUUGAACGACGUGGAUCUGUUGGCCGAGACUCUGUUAUUGGAGGAAGACACACCACAGGAAAGGGUGUUGGUCCACGCUGAUUCAUACCUAUUCAUUUCACAGAAGCGAGGAGCUAGAUUUCAUCCCGACAUCGUCAUGCUUGAGGACUUGCUUCAUGCCAACUUCGUGAAAGAGGGAUACGAAGCUACUGCACCCCGGGAUAACGUACCCAACUCGAGGUUCCUCUUCUACUUGCAGUUGUGGGAUAUUCAAUUUCUUUUGCGCAUUUUGGAGGGAAUUUCUUUCGGCACUUCCUACCUUCCCGUCGAGAGGUACAAGUCAAUUUGGCUGAGUGAUACCUGCAGAAUCCAAAAGUACGUGGAGAACAAACUGGACAGUCUUGUUCAACAAUGGUUCCUCAACGAUGAGAGAAACUACCGAAUACGACAGAAGCUGAAGGAUCAAGACACUGAGCAGCGUCUGUACGACAUUCCCGAGGAAGACUUCAACCCUACCUAUGCCAGGUCUCAGUACGUGACUAGCACGAUCCGGGCUGUGCUAGAGGGCGACUUCCUAAAGGCCCUUUGCACUCCACCUCCGCCUCCGCCUCCGCCUUCGCCGGAGAGCUCCUGGGAUGCCGAGGAAGGUGAAGCACCCGACCUCGAUGCAGUGCAGUUGCAGACGGUUCAGAGUUGUCUGCUCCGGGAUAUUCCCGUGGAGAGCAUUGAAGAGGAUGAAGCCGGCAUCGAUAACGAAAACAACAUCGACACUGCAAAUACUAAUGGUGAUGACCAACAGGUCUCCCUUUUCAGUAAGGGUGAACUCGAUGGUGGCGCCAGCUCCAAUGGCAACAACCAGGCAAAGCCGGCCCGUGAGACCAGCUACGCCUCAAUUCAGUCCAUUCGGAGCUCGGAGGAUGAAUCUGAGGCUGUGGGUGACCAUGAAGAUAGCCCUUGCAGUCCCAGCCAGGGAUUCUAUGCGCGGCGGUACAUGGCCCCUUCUGAUUGCAACAAGUGA